CCUGCUGUUGAAACAGCAGAGGAAGCUAAGGAACCAGCAGAAGCAGACAUCAAUGAGCUCUGUAAAGACAUGUUCAACAAAAUGGCCAUUUAUUUAACAGGUGAACUGACAGCCACCAGUGAAGACUACAAACUCUUGGAAAACAUGAAUAAGCUGACUAGCUUGAAGUACCUGGAAAUGAAAGAUAUUGCUAUUAACAUCAGUAGAAAUCUGAAGGAUUUAAAUCAAAAAUAUGCUGCUCUUCAGCCAUAUCUGGAACAAAUCAACCUCAUUGAGGAACAGGUUGCAGCUCUGGAGCAGGCAGCUUAUAAAUUGGAUGCAUAUUCCAAAAAACUUGAAUCCAAGUACAAAAAACUGGAGAAACGAUGAAAUUUCAACAGUCUUUAAUUUGGAGUUGGGCUAUGACUCAGACUAAUUUCUCUUUAAGUUGAACAACAGCAGUUCUGUAUGUUGACAAGGAUUUUGUUACAGCUAACAUCAAGACUGGUAACUUCUUCUAUCUAUUGAAUACAGUAGCCUGUAUUCAGGCUUAAGGCUGAAUAAUAUUUUCCUCUUCUCAAGAGGUUCUGUUGCCUCAGUUGUUCUGCACUGAAAAGUAGGUGGCUGUCCCUAACCCAUAUGUUGAUACUGGCUAUCUGUGUGUUAGUCCUGU